AUGGAGACGGCGCUGGCCUCCUCCGCCUCCCUCACGCCGCCCGGACUGAUGGUCUUCGCCGGCUCCGCCGAGCGCGACGUGGCCUUUGCCAAGGUCUUCUGGGACUCGGUGACCCUGCAGCCCCUGCUGGAGUCCCGCCUGGGCCCCGGGUGGCCGCGGCCUCGCGAGACCCAGAGAAAUAUUGCUUUCCAGAUUCCACCAGGCAGUAACAAGAGUGAACAGAUAAUCCUGGAAGCUCACAAAGCUCAGAAAGCUGAAGAAAAAGAAAAAUAUCUUCAGAAGGCCAAGAGGAGGGAUGAAAUACUUGCUUUACUGUGGAAACAAAGAGAAGAGAGGAUCAGAAAAGAACAGAUAUUUUGUCUGCAUAAACCAAAGACCAAAACACAUCAAGUAAGGACAAAGAUAUCCGAUUCUGACACUGAGGAUCAAGAAACAGUAAAAGCCCUUGAAUAGUUUGGUUAAGGUGACUGACUUGGAGAUUAAAGCCUUUGUCUCUUCACUUCAGAAUGAUAUCCUGGUAACAGGCCUAUUCAGCUUUGGAAUUGAAGCCACAUGCAUUCCUGCUUUCAUUACAUUUCUAGUUCUUCCUGUUGAGACACAGGAUACUCUACCCAAAGGUAUGGAUGCACUUGAUGGAGCAGCUCUUCAAUCCAGCUGUAAAUGUCUUUGUACUUUGGUUAAAAGUCAAAGUAAUAAAUGUUUAAUCCAAAUAAAUGGAUUUUUAACAGCAAAUAUUUUUAUUUACUUUAGAAAUGAAUUAUGGUAUGUCUGUU